AUGAGUGUGGAUGACAUAAACAGUCGCUUAAGGGAGCUUGGAGAGCUGAAAAUAGAUGGACUAAGGGAGGAGUUAUUAAAGGUAUUAAAGUUACAUGAAUGCACAAGACAUCUCAUGAUCUGGUCAGACCAUUCCAGUAUUAUGAACCAUGGCCACCUUCUGCUAACUGUAAAUACAAUCUAUGAUCCUGCAUUCUACUAUACUUCUGAAGAGCUUCAUGGGAAGAAUGUUCAGGAGUUAGUGGAGAAGCCUCACAUUUACAUCAUGGCUAGAUGUAGGGACACCAUUGAAGAUCAGCUUUUGUACAGUGAAACUAGGCUGGAAGAUAUAAAUGAGCUUGGAAAUCAACUUUUGUCCUCCCAAAAGGUCUCCAUUAGGGACAUUUGCAGGUUCUUUCAUGGGGAUCAUCCUUCGCAAGAGGUAGAAAGUGGAGAGCAGAUUGGUGGUGGUUUCGGGUGCUGUGGAUGCACUGGGGCAUCAGCCAGCUAUAUUGACCAUGUGGGUUCACUGAGGGCACCGCAGAUUACCCUCGAAGAAAGAAGGAGAAAGGUACUGGAAGGCCCAGCCGGAAAAGAAAGAAGAAAUUGUGGAGUGCAUCCUUUCAAAAACAUGAACAAAGAAGAGCUGAUAAGAGAGUGCAAGGGGCGGCACUUAUCGGUUGAUGGUUUACUAAAACCUGCAUUGGAAUCUAACUUGAAAGAAGUACUGAGGGGCAUACAGCGAGUUCCAGCACUUUGUUUCCCCCAACAAGAAUGCUCCUUACAAGAGCUCAGCUUAGGAAACUAUGAAGUGUUACCAGUAGAGCCUCUCCAUGACCUCAAAGAGCAUAUCAACAACAUAUUUAAAGAACUACCCAAACACCUCAAUGAUGAAGAAAAAGUUCUAUUUGAUGAGACAAUGGAGGCAGUACUUUCAACAAAAGAGAAGCUCCGAGGUUCAGAUUACCGCCUUUGCUGUGUUGUACUGGCCUUGAACCUUGGAAAACACUGCCGUUUAACAAUCAAGAGACUGCUGCACACUCUUGCAGAACUUUGUGAAAUGUUGUAUGCCCCAGCGGAGAAGCGCACACCAAGAUUUAUUUUGCGUUUGCUAAAUGUGACAUUUCGUCAUGUUAUUGCAGUCUGUAAAGUCUUUAAAAUCCCACAAGUGCUGACAUACAGGAAGCUGUUUGGAAUAUACUACCACAGCAUCACAUGCCAUGCUCCUCUUACAUCUCGUAUAAUUUCCCUUAGCUCAGUAGACACUGAAGAAGAAGAAAGAGAAUUCAGCACCAUAAAUUCCAUCAGCAAAUCAACCUCUAAUGGUCAUCCCGAGCACAUUAUUCCAAACAGUAUAAUAAGAGUUCAAGCAGAAAAAAGCUUCAGGUCUAACAAGAGUGCCAGAUCAACAGUCAAAGAUUGGACAGUUUACAAAGAAUCUCCCAAACUUUCCUGA